GGAGAUAUAUGGAAAAUGGUGAGCCGAUCGGAUAUCAUAUUUUCAUUCUGACGGUGUGGCUGUUACCAGGCAUCCGGUGUUCCUCGAUGCCCAUCAUUCAGUCGAAUGGAGCUGGCUUCUUUGGCACUCGUGGUUCCACGAUGUCCACACUAGCUAGCCGCAGAGUACAGUUGUGGCAUGACGGAGCCACUUCACUAAUUUGACGGGGGUGGCCAGGCACGGACGACCACUGAUGCUGAUCGGAUGCUAGACUUAAGACUAUCUUGCGCUUUACAAAUCAUUGGCUACAAUGCUCUUGUAGUUGUUGUUUAUGAUGCGCAUAAUGGUCACUCUCGGGCUCGAAUUCACUGCAGGCGAAAGCAACAAAAGCUUAAUCUUCUUGGUGCACAGUACAUAGACAUCCAGAUACUUUAUACUGAGCCGUAAGGUAAGCGGUCAUGAGACGUAAGACUCGAGCUUGAAAGUUUGUUGGAGAGGUGUGAUACUCGCUUGAUGUCUCGGUAGGGCUUG